AUGGACGACGAUUUAGCUUUCUGUCUCGGCCGAUUUACUGACCAUCAAGUUCAACUCAUCGAUGAUCGUAUUGCAAAAAUUAAAGAAGAAGAAAAUGAAGUAUGUCGUGAAAUUGAAGAACGACAAGCUGCCCAUAUCAAAAAUCGACCUCCACAAAGAGAUAAAGGCUCACAUGCUAAAGAUAAAGCUCUUGUUGAUAAAUUCGUUAGUGAUCUUCGUCAAUGUAGUGCAGAACCAAGGAAAAUAAGAGCAGUUACUGAUGAUCAAACUUGUAUAGAUUCAUUACGUGCAGAACUCUGGACAAAAGUAGCAGCAUCUACAACUUAUAUCAAUCGAUUACAUAAUUUAGCUAGACCAUUAUCAAAUACAGCAAAAUUCGUAGAAACAUGCCGUGAAACAGUUGAAUCUUUUAAACGACCAAGUGAUUUUGAUGCUAAUUAUAAAGUAUUAUAUAAGAUUAUAGAACAAGAUGAAAAAGAUCAGGUUAUUGGUAGUAUUCAAAAAUGGUGGAAAGAAAAAUAUGGAGAUAAAGUAGCUGAGAUUAAUCAACGGAAUCAAAAAUUUAAUGGAGCUGUUACUGAACCUAAUUUUGCUAUUCUAUCACCAAAUAGUGGAGUAAUUCGAAAUGCAAAAAAACUUAUCGAAGCUAGACAGGAAACAAUUGUUGAACCUGAAUAUUUUGAAGUUGUUCGUGAGUUUGUUCGACAACUUUUAUUACUCGAUGAAGAAAAACGGGAACAUACUGAUGCUAAUGAACUUAGUAAUGAAUUAAAUAGUAGAACUAUUGAAGAAACUAUUGAUUAUGCAGAAAGAUGGUUGUCAGAACGUGAUGAAAUUCGUAAUCGAAAAGAAGAAGAUCCAUAUAAAAUUGAACUAGAAGAAGCUAAAGCAAAAUAUGGUCGACAGCGCAUGGCUCGUAGAGCACAAAAAUUUGCUGUAGCAGCAUUUAUCCGUCAAUUGGCCGCUGGUUCAAAAAAUGAUGAACAAUUUCAGGAACAAUUGGACAAUAUUGUUAAACAAGAAAGGAAAAUCAAUGAAGAAACGGAAACCAAAGAAGAAGGAAAAAACAAUGAAGAAAGGAAACCCGAAGAAGAAAGGAAAACCAAUGCAGAAAGCCUACCUGUAAUUCCUUGUGACAUCGGUGAUCCAAAUGAGGAAGAACUACCCGUAACGUUCGAACUCAAAGCGGAUGCGGCUUUUAUGAAUCAAUUUAAAAAUAAUUCAAAUGAAGUUCAAGAACGAUUCAUUAAAAGUCUAUGCCAAGCGUUCUCUAUACCGAGUGGAGAAAUUCGUAUUAAGAAUAUUGAUUGUGAUAAAGCUAUUAUAUGUAUAUUGAUUUCAAAACCUCAUGGUACAGUUGUUGUUAAGAUUUUAAUUGGUGGUGUUGAAGAUGCUGUUGCUCGAAAGGAAGCAGUGUGUAAAUGUUUUAGUGAUAUUAAUGCAAAUGUUGACUCAAUUAUACUUGGUGAAGUUGCAUUGGAAGUUGAAGGUAGACGAAUGGAUCCGAGAUGGAAUAAAAAUUAUGUUUCGUCAUCUAAUGAUCCUACAGGACAGUACUGGGCAAAUUCAAUCAAUCAAGGUGGUAAACCUUAUUUUUGCCCUUCAGGUUGGAAACGUUAUGGUAUUAAAGUAGACACAGGUGGAAAAGAAUUUGAUGCUAAGUGGGGUACUUGGAAUAUGGCAUACCAUGGAACAAGAAGCGAAGUUGCAACAAAUAUUCUUAUGUCUGGUCUUAAAGUUGGUACGCACGGAUGUCAUUAUGACGAUGGGGUACGACGAGUGUAUGUCUCACCUAGUAUUGAAUAUUGUGCUCAUCAAAUAUAUGCUUGCCCAUGGGAAAAAACGACAAAAAACGGUGAAAACUUAUGGUAUCAGUUAGUGUUUCAAUGUCGAGUUAAUCCAAAAUCGAUUGCCAGUAUCAAACCCGAAACAAUUCUAGGUCCUGAUUAUAAAAAAGAAGUAAUAGAUCCAAAUUUCAAAAAUAGCGAGCUAGAAUGGAUUAUAUUAGACCGAGCUGAUCAGGAAUUUAUUGCAGAUGAUAUCAUUUGUUAUGGCAUGAUGAUGCGUACAUCAAAGGACCAUCCAAAAACUUUGACACCAUCUAAAUGGUGGGAACACACGGAUCCCGCAUGUUACUCCACAUCUACAUAA